UCACGAAUGGUGCGUGAACUCUUUGUGAUGGCCAGGGAGCAUGCACCAUCAAUUAUUUUCAUGGAUGAAAUCGAUUCAAUUGGCUCCUCGCGUAUCGAAUCCGGUUCCGGUGGCGAUUCUGAAGUGCAGCGAACAAUGUUGGAGCUAUUGAAUCAAUUGGAUGGAUUUGAGGCAACGAAAAAUAUUAAAGUCAUCAUGGCAACCAAUCGCAUUGACAUUCUAGAUCCGGCACUGCUUCGUCCUGGACGUAUUGAUCGCAAAAUUGAGUUCCCACCACCAAAUGAGGAGGCGCGUCUGGAUAUUCUCAAGAUUCAUUCGCGUAAAAUGAAUUUGACGCGCGGCAUUAAUUUGCGAAAGAUUGCCGAACUCAUGCCAGGAGCAUCUGGUGCGGAGGUUAAGGGCGUUUGCACUGAGGCGGGCAUGUAUGCGCUGCGUGAACGUCGUGUUCAUGUUACCCAGGAGGAUUUCGAAAUGGCAGUGGCCAAGGUCAUGCAAAAGGAUUCAGAGAAGAACAUGUCCAUUAAGAAAUUGUGGAAAUAGAUUAUUAAGCUGAAUUAUCUAUGUAGUUUCCAUCUCCUCACUCCGCCCUCCCCAUCAUUUCAAUCCUUUGUUUGUGUGUGUGCUUAAAAAACAAAUGAAAAACAAAUAAUUCAUAAGAAAUGUUUUAGUUAAUACUUUUUCUCUGCCCCCGAAAUUCUAUUUUAACAAAGUGAGGAAGUAAAGCUUGAAAUCAAUGAUAAUAUACCUUUAAUAAUGAAUAAAACUGAAGUUAAUGUAUCUUCAUAAUAAUAAUAUCUAA